UUCCUUCUCUUUGAUAUCACACAAAUAAACAUUACAAAUGGCAACCAAAACCUUCCGCAAAGAGGAGAUCCGACGUGUCGUCUACGGCACUUGCUUGGUGGAUGCGCCCGUGGGCGGGUGCAGUGUGGAGGCCGCGCCCAUCCGGGUGACGGUCAGCGUCCGCCGGCGCCGCGGGUGCUGGGGAAGGCUGGCCGGAGCCUGGAAGGAGGCGGCCGCGUUUUCCUUCGUCGACAGGCCGCGGGCCCCCUUCUUAUCCAACGCCUUCCUGGACAUGGAGCACAUCUUCAGGUACAGCAGCGAGGAAGAUGCGGGCGCGGCACAAGUUAAGAUCUGUCUGACGCUCCUUACCGGCCAGACGCGGGUGGUCAAAGUGGGCCUGGAAGACUUCCUGGGCCAGCUGAUGCAGAGCGGCCGCCCAGAGUGCUUCACUCUGUACGUCUACGAGGGGAAGGUCGCCCUGCUGCAGACCCGCCAGCCAGUCCCGGAGGUUCUGACGGAGUGGCUGUUUGACGGGAAGGGAAAUGACACCCACAAAGGGUCAAGUUACAAGGGCCGUGCCUGCUCUGACCCCGAGGUCACGGAGAUAGACAAGUGUCAAGAAAAGAUGGACACCUGUGACUCAGAGGAGAGUGCAUGGCAAACCCCUGAGAAUGACGCAGAGGAAAGUGCAUGGGGAACCCCCGAAGAAGACUCAGAUGUGAGUGCAUGGGAAACCGCUGAAGAAGACUCAGCCGAGAGUGCAUGGGAAACAGCUGAAGAAGAUUCACGAGUGAGUGCAUGGGAAACCGCCGAAGAAGACUCAGAAGAGAGUGGAGAUGAUUCAGGCGAGGAGAGUGGACUUGGCACUAAUGAAGACGAAGAUAUGGAGAGUGGAUGGGAGUCUGACGAUGAAGACUCAGAGGAGGAGAGAGCUGAAGAUGGAGGGAUAUUAUAA